AUUUCCAGUUCCCUUAUCCCUUGAGGUGGGAUGGAGGGACAGGGCUGCUCUGCUGGUUUUUAAAUUUARUUACUUUCCUGGUCCAGGUUCCUGGGUCACCAUGGAGAUGAUAAGGGAYGCAAGGCCAUGGAAGCUGCCUGUCGCACUGGACAAGUACAAGAGCGUCUACCGCAAGGACUAYGGCUGGCACGAAGACUACCACUCGCCCACCCAGGCACACGUACCGAAACCUUCAUUCCCUCCUCUUCCAGACGUCCCCAAGUGCUACCUGCCGGAGUGCCGGCCCUCUGACCUGUCAACAAAGCGGGCAGGGAAGCUGGAGAUCCUGGCUGAGCCGAUCCACGACCUGUCCUGCUGCCCUCCCCUGCCACCUCCCACUGCUGUAGUCGGAACAGAGGUGGCCUUGGUGCCAAAGGAGCAGCCAUCCGCGCCCUUGAUCACCUACCAGCAAUUCGCCCAGGAUUUGUACCGGGAGAGGCAGAAUGAUGCUGCCAAAAACAGAAACAAAGUCCGGAACACAUCCAUUUUAAUGAAAGACUUCACCGACCCUGACUGGAAAAGCGUGUACCAGAAAGAUUACGAGGGCCGUGCAGGAGCCCAUGUUGGAUCCUACACAGAGGAGACGAGGCCCUCUCCUGUUUUCCCUACAGACAGCCGCUUCAAUCAGAGCCGCUGGAUUACUGAGUAUGGGGACAGCUACAGCCACUUCCUGAAGAAACUGGACUGGUCAUCUCCCAUCUCUGCACGGUGGCUGCCCUUUGGGAARAACGCGCGGUGGACGCCGCGCUACAAAGAGUCCACGGACUGA